CUGCGCAUACCUUUGAACAAGGGUCAUGAGGCCAUGCCUUACCUCUCCUGGCUGAUCGACAGCUAUGACGACCUUCCAUGGAUGGCAGUGUUCGUUCACGGCCACUUCACGUCCUGGCAUCAGUCAGACACCAUUACCAACCUUAUCAGGACUCUCAAUCGAACAUCGUUAGCACAUGUCGGCUACAUUCCUCUGCGGUGUGACUGGUAUCCGUCUUGCAGCAAAGAGAUACGCCCACAGCACCAUGAUGCUGUCUUUUGGGGUCCUGGGGUCAGGCGGAAGGAAACCGAGUUUGCCAUUGCUGGGAACUGGAGGCAACUUUUCCCGGGCGAGAAAUUGCCAGAGACUAUCAGUAGCGUAUGCUGUGCACAGUUUGCCGUGACCCGGGCAGCCAUUAAACGAAGACCCAAGAACGACUAUGUCCGGAUGCGAGAAUGGCUGGUCAACACUCUUCUGACAGACGAUGUGAGCGGUAGAGUCUUGGAAAAGCUCUGGGGCUAUAUCUUCACGGGUGAAGCAGUCCACUGUCCUCCACCGCAGCAGUGCGCAUGCGAGUAUUUUGGACAAUGCGAG